AUCAACGACCCCAACGGCCUUAUGCAGUACCGCAACAUGGUCCACGUGUUCUUCCAAUACAACCCGUACGAGGCCGUAUGGGGCCCUAUGCACUGGGGCCAUGUCGCAUCUCCCGAUCUGGUCCAUUGGGUCCACCUUCCCAUCGCCCUGGCGCCCAGUGACCCGUGGGACAGUGAUGGCUGCUGGUCCGGCAGUGCCCUCGUGACGACGGAGGACGGCGUGCCACGACUGUACUAUACAGGUAGCCAGGACGGCUUCUUCUACCAGGCCCAGGCGACGGCCCUUCCCGCCGACCCAGCCGACCCCUUCCUGACUCGCUGGCUCAAGCCCCCCGACCUCAACCCCUUGGGGCUGGACCUGCCCCCCGGGGGGGUGAGGGCGCAGUUCCGAGACCCCAUCGCGCCGUGGGCUGUUCCG